AUGAUACGACCGGUUUUCGAUGAACUUUGUUCUCAAACUAGUUUAGCUCGUGCUGUGGGUGGUGGAUCACAAAAUGCUAACGAGGUCUACCAUUCGUUAUUAUGGACUAUAGUUCCAAAACACCGCUAUUGUUCAUCAACCACGCUUCGUAUUGGAUUGGGAUUAUCAACUAUUAUUUAUAACGAAGGAUACGAAGCAUUGAAUAAAAUAUUUAAGAGCAUAUUCUUGUCCGUGGGCUAUUAUUUCGCUGAAUGUCUUCGUAGACUUGAUGUUUUAACAAAUUCUCGUACUUCGAAAACUAAAAACAAGCAUUCAAAACGUGCAAAAACAACAACAACUGCUGCCGCAAGUACUGCUUCAACUGAAACUGAUGAUGCAAUUACAUAUGUCCUAAACGAAGAAAACUUGGAUUUCAGUGUAAACGAUAUUGCAUUGGAACUCGAUGGUAUUUUGUUAGAACAAUCGGAUGAUGAUAUCACUGAUACAUAUGAAGCAGUUGGUGAUGAUUAA